GGACCCAGGGACUGAGGAUGAUGGCGGCGACUGGGAAGUUGGCAGCAGACGAGGCCGUGGAGACUGAGAAUCCGGGAGUUCUGAAACCCGGGGCCGCCCCGUUCGGAAAUUUCCCUCAUUAUUCUCGUUUCCACCCUCCCGAGCAAAGGCUCCGCCUUCUACCCCCGGAGCUUCUUCGACAGCUUUUCCCUCCCGAGGGUCCCGAGAGGAGGCCGAUCCUAGGGCUCGACGUGGGGUGUAACUCCGGGGACCUGAGUGUGGCUCUGUACAAACAUUUCCUUUCCCUGCAUGAUGGGGAGCCCUGCUCAGGUGCCUCCAGAGACCUGCGUCUCCUCUGCUGUGAUAUAGACCCAGUCCUUGUGGAGAGAGCUGAAAAAGAAUGUCCCUUUCCCGAUGCUUUGACCUUUAUCACCCUGGACAUCAUGGAUCAAAGGAACAGGAAGGUUCCCUUGAGUUCUUUCUUGAGCCAGUUUGGGUGCUCUGCUUUUGACAUUGUCUUCUGCAUGUCAGUAACCAUGUGGAUUCAUCUGAACCAUGGGGACCAUGGUCUGUGGGAGUUCCUGGCCCAUCUCUCCUCUGUCUGCCACUACCUCCUUGUGGAGCCACAGCCUUGGAAGUGCUACCGGGCUGCUGCAAGGCGGCUCCGAAAGCUGGGACUUCAUAAUUUUGAUCACUUCCGCUCUCUCACCAUCCGAGGCGAUAUGGCCAGCCAGAUCGUGCGGAUCCUGACACAGGACCAUGCGAUGGAAUUAGUGUGCUGCUUUGGCAACACCAGUUGGGACCGAAGCCUUCUGCUCUUCAGAGCAAAGCACACCCUAGGGACUCACCCAGUCCCUGAAUGACUGACAAAAGAGACAGAAAAGAAUAGACAAGAAUUUUGAAGACAGUAGGAGAAUGAAGCAGAAGCAGGAAGACCAGCAAACAUACAUUGUGAAGCCUUCAUACCGAGAGUCAUGCUCAAGUAUCCUGGAGCAAUUGGGCGGGCAGCCUCCAGACCUGCCAGAAGCUUUUGGCAAAGUGUGUGAAGCAAGCAACUGAAAGAAUUAGUGUCAGUGUCCCAGUUGUUUGGAUAGCCUCUGAGGGGAAUGAAUUCAUAGAGCAGUGAGCUAGGCAGUCUGGACGAGACUGUGGUCCUGGGAAAUGAAACUGCAUUUAGAAGUUGUUUUGCUUGCUGGCCAUAGGGUCUUGUAUGUGCUAGGCAAAUGGUCCAUCUCCAGCUUUCUAAAGGAUUAUUUACAAAGAAUGAGACUGGAUUAAUUUUAGAGUGUGUCAUCUCUCUUUUUCUAAAAUGUAUUUUAUGUGCAUCGGCACUUUGCAUGUAUGUCUGUGUGAGGGUGUCAGGUCUUGGGGUUACAGACAGUUGUGGGCUGCCAUGUUGGGAAUUGAAUCCAGGUCCUCUGGAAGAGCAGUCAGUGCUCUUAACUGCUGAGCCAUCUCUUGAGCCCCAGACUGUGUCUCUGUUAUUUCUUUGAACUCCUUAAAUCCAAUCUGGUGUCUUCAGGCAUUUUCUGGGCUUACUAGGCCUGCUCUAAAGCAGAGCCUUACAGUGAAAUCUGUAAUGAGAGGUCCCGGACUGGCUACCAGAAGUGGCGGUAAGGAAACAUCUUAUCUUCCUAGAGCAGGCCAAGCCCCGAGUGUAGUUAUAGGUAUUAGAAAGAUGUGCUAGCUAGCAUUUUAAAAAAAUACUUAGAAGUACUUAGCUGGGCAGGCAGGGACAGGAAGAUCAGGAGUUCAAAGCCAAUUUUAGCUAAUUUGAGGCCAGCCUGGGCUAUAGGAGUUGCGGUCUUAAAAAAAAAAAAAAAAAAAAAAAAAACACAAACAAAACAACAACAAAACCCAAAGUUGUGACAACAGAUGUUUAUAGCUUGGGGUAAAGCUUAAUUGUAGAAUAUUUACCAGAUACCUGUACACCUUCUUAGCCCCCACAAAAAUAAAUAUUUUUAAUUGUGAGCCCUGAGGUAGGUGGUGAUUUGUGUUUGGUUCUGUGAUACAGCUCGGCAAUCUCCUUCCGUUCCCUUCUCUGUCUUUAUUUUCAGGACUAGGGAUCAAACACAGGACCUUGCACACACUAUCAAGACUCUGCCAUUGACUCCAUUGA